UAAUCAUACACACUCUUCUUCAGCCUUUUACUUGACGCUCCCUCCUUCCUCUGGUCCCCCUAAUUUAUCCAACGAAAUGACUUCAUUUCUCCUCAUUUUCAUGAAAAUCAUCACUCUUUUCAACUCCUGAAUCCACCCAUUUUUGACCAUCAUUCAAAAACCAGAUACCCACCUCGGGAUUCCUUCAUCGUCGUUCAGCUAUGUACCUAUCGGAAAAACCCCGUUCGAUAGACCUGUACAAGGAGGAAGGAAGUGGAACCACCGCCGGGGACAUGAUUAUUGAGGUGAGUUCCAAUGGGGAUUUGCAGCCUCACACUCAUCACUCUCACCAGCAGCAGAUGAUUCUGGGGGAUAGCAGCGGCGAGGACCAUGAAAUAAAGGCACCCAAGAAGCGAGCGGAGACCUGGGUGCAAGACGAGACAAGGAAUUUAAUUGCGCUGAGGAGGGAAAUGGAUGGGAUGUUUAAUACCUCUAAGUCGAACAAGCACUUGUGGGAGCAGAUAUCGGUGAAGAUGAGGGAGAAGCGGUUCGAUCGGUCCCCGACUAUGUGCACGGACAAGUGGAGGAACUUGUUGAAGGAGUUUAAGAAGGCUAAGCAUCAAGACAGCGGAAGUGGGUCGGCGAAGAUGUCGUAUUAUAAAGAGAUUGAAGAGAUUUUGAGGGAGAGAACCAAGAAUGCCCACUACAAGAGCCCUACUCCUCCUCCCAAAGUUGAUUCCUAUAUGCAGUUCUCUGAUAAAGGCUUUGAUGAUGCCAGUAUAUCAUUUGGUCCUGUUGAAGCUGGUGGUAGGCAAACACUCAAUCUUGAAAGACGUUUAGAUCAUGAUGGCCAUUCUCUUGCCAUCACCACAGCAGAUGCAGUUGCAGCCACAGGGGUUCCUCCUUGGAAUUGGAGAGAGACGCCUGGAAAUGGUGGUGACUGUCAGUCAUAUGGUGGGAGGGUUAUAACUGUCAAGUUUGGAGACUAUUCAAGGAGGAUUGGCAUAGAUGGCAGUGCAGAUGCUAUCAAGGAGGCAAUUAGGUCUGCUUUUGGGUUGAGAACAAGACGUGCAUUUUGGUUGGAGGAUGAAGAUCAUGUAGUUCGCAGCCUUGACAGAGACAUGCCUUUGGGAAGUUACAGUCUCCACCUUGAUGAAGGUUUGGCUAUUAAACUGUGUCUCUAUGAUGAGACGGAUCACAUACCAAUGCAUACAGAGGAGAAGAGUUUUUAUACAGAAGAUGACUACCGUGAAUUUCUGGCCCGUCGGGGCUAUAUAGCUCUCCGAGAGAUAGAUGGAUACAGAAACAUUGAUUACAUGGAUGAUCUUCGACCAGGUGCAAUUUAUCGAGGUGUGAACUGAAAGGAACGAUAUUGCGUUCUGAUUUUCUUUCUUGAUUAUGGCACAAGUGCUUAUGCUUUCUGGGGAUUGUAACUAUAACUUAAGUGCCUGUAAUUUGGAGACCAGAACUUUAUACAAACUUUGCUGUACAUGGCCUACUGUUGUAUGAUAUUGUUUUGUAGGUUUUAGGUUCCAGCUCUUAGCGAUCUGGAUGUCCCCUGUUUGUAUAUAUAAUUUUGAGCGAAGACUAAUUUGAUUGUAUCCGGUUCCUGUAGUUUUGUUCUUAAAUCUAAGUUCCUUUCGAUAUCUGUUUUCUGAAAAUUGUAAAGACACAUGGCACUCAAAUAUUGAA